UUGGUGCGCGUGACUUCAUAUCCAGUGCACGGGCUCAGAUUGAUUGCGAGGCAAAUUCUAAGGGUACCCCAAACGCUGCUAUAUCUGGUACACGAGAAAUGGAUGAAUUGCAGAAUAUCCCGGAGCAGCAAGGCUACACCGCAGCCGCGACACCGGCUUACGGUUACGAUGGUUACCAAGAAGAGCCUGCUAUAGACAGCGGAUCAUGGGCAGCAGCUGAAUACGGACAGCAAGCAGGAUAUGACGGCUACGAACAGCAGGCCGUGUACCCUGGUUACGAACAGCAGGCCGUGUACCCUGGUUACGAACAGCAGGUCGUGUACCCCGGUUACGAACAGCAGGUCGAUUAUGCAGGUCAACAACUGGGCUAUGAAACCCCGGCCGCACAGAUUAACCCUCCGCCUAAGACACCCAUUGUCGUCACCGAAAUGGAAAGCUUUGGAACCGCGGCGAACGCAAGAGAUCGGUGUCUUGUCCGUGCGGUCUCUGUAGUAGCCGGCGUCGCGGUACUAGCUACAGUGGCCGUCAUCAUAUUGGUUCUUUUCCCAAGAAGUUCCGAGCUUGGUGAUGACCCAAGAGGACCAGCGGGAUCGCCACCUAUAGUAGUUGAAGAUGAUGUGCGAGAUCGGACGGCACCAGCCGCGGUCGUACCGGUCAAAAGAGCUACCACGACAACCGCCGCAACCCCUACACUACCGGGUAUCGUUGUAUGUGUCAGCGAGGAUUUGAGACCGCCAACCAUGACAUGGAAGGACUUCAUGGCUAUCCCGCUUCCAAAAGGUCUCUGCGAUUACGUCUUCUACACUCUGGAUUCGGAAAGCACCAACAUCUUCCAGAAGGACUACGGCAAAAGCCACACUUUUGAUAAGUUUUCGAGCUACGUAGAAAAAAGAUCUGAUCUGUCCUUGGGGAUACAUAUACCGCAGUUUCAUGUUAGAGACACCAAUAGCAAUCUUCAGACCAUGCCUGGAAAAGAGGCAUUCAAAGAAUAUUGGAAUAAAGGAUUCAAAAACUUCGCUGUGCUCGACCUGGAGCUUACUCCACUCUCUGUAAACGCGGACUUUAGACACGUCAAAACACUGAUAAGGACGAUCCGCAGCAUGAAAAGCGAUAAGAUGUACAUCAUCAUUGGCAUCUCCAUUCUACCGUCCGACAAGAAGAACCUGUCCCACCUGCCCAGAGAGGUCUUCACUUCCCUAAUAAGUGCCACAAAGCCCACUGGUGUCCUGUUUCGGACGACCUACAGGAAGCUCCACCAAGGUAGCGAAUGCACACCGACAGGCUCAUCCGUCUAUGAUGUCAACAACAGAACUCGGCUUCCUAAGGACCAGCCUAUCUUUGUGAACGCCUUGGAAUUUAUGAAGACUGUCAACCUGCCGUCAGUGACACGAAGGUUCCUUUCGUUGUCAGCUGCGGGACUUCGUAUAUCACCAAAUGGUCCAGACGGGUAUUGCAACAAGACAGAAAGGAUGGCGCCACCAGAACUGUACUGUCCUGAUGGGAGGUUCAGAGCAGAAUACAAUCCUGAUGAGCACCCGGACCCGAAAGAACCGGAGGUGGUUGCGGAGAUACAAGGCAGGGCGCAUACCUAUAUCUACGACUGGGGGCAGACAAUGCUUGUCAAGUUGUGCUACGCAAACGUGGACUACGACUUCCAGGACAGUGUGGUGAUAUUCGACUUCGGAUUUGACAUCAAGAACACCUGCUGGGGACCCCAGCAGGAUCGCGUACAUGGAUUCGGCUCAAUCUUUGAUGUGCGAAAUACCGUCCACAAAUGGAUCACAUGCAGAACACCUGAUCCCUAUAUUCGGAUAUGAAAGAAGCGUCCGUUUAAAACUCCCAAUUUGC